CUUACUGUAGAGGAAGAGAAAGCUCUCGUCGCGUUCUUGCUACUAAUGUCUAGUUUUGAUCAACCUGUCUGCAUCAAGUAUAUACCAACGCUAGCCUUCAGUAUUGCCCGUCGUCGAUCCCCUGCGAGUAGAUCGAAUAAGCCCCCCGGAAAGAACUGGGCUCAAGCCUUCGGGAAACGACAUCCUGAGCUUAAAGCGAGAAGAGUCAAGUCGAUACACUGGAAACGCCACGCGAUACACAUAUAUAACUAG